CCCACUGUUUUUCACAUCUUAUUGAUUUUUUUUUUUUAAACAGGUGUCUUCAGAUUUAUCUACCUGGAAUUUUUUUUAAAUUGUUGCAUAAAGCCCAAUGAGGAACUGCCCCUAGUCAUAGGCUCUAUGCUGUUUUUAGGGCCCAGUAGUUUUGUCUGGGCCCCGUGGCCACACCUGGAAUUGCUCCCCCUACAGUACAAAUGGAGAGCAGCGGCUGCAUCCCUCUCUGCUGGACCAAGGGGGGGUGCAUUUAUGCACAGCACCCCUUACCAAAAUAUGAUGGCCAGUUAGCCCUAGCAGGAGCAUCCGAGUCAGGCAUGGCGUCGUCUUCCUACUUGGAACCCAACAUCAACCACCCAUCUGCGGGUGGUUGCGGGGUUAAAUCCCGGUCUGGAAUCCCCGGUGUACCCAGCACCAGUGGCUCUGCUGGAGGUCUAGAGAGACCCCCGGGCUCCAUGGACCGCGUUCUUAAGAUCUUCCAUUACUUUGAGACAAACAGCGAACCAUGUACAUGGGCCAGCAAUAUCAGGCACGGAGAUGCUACAGACGUCAGGGGUGUAAUCCAGAAGAUAGCAGAGAUCCACAAACUGCGCUGUGUUGCCUCUUUAGGUCUCCGUCUGACCCACUUGCGCUCAGACGCUCUCCAUUGGUUACACCCUGAUUUGGGUGUGUCUCAUGUGAGGGAGAAAUAUGAAAAACAGCACCCGCAAGAAGAGUGGAGCCUGUACAGUGACUCCAAUAUACCUGUGAUUGACCAGUACUGGCCAGUAAAGAGUGAUUACAUGCAACACAUAGCUGACCAGGUGGAUCAAGAUGUUGCACUGAAACUGGGCUGUUUGGAGAUAAGGCGGUUCUUCAGAGAGAUGCCAGGCAACGCCCUGGAUAAGAAAUCAAACUACGAGCUACUAGAGAAAGAUGUUGGUUUGAGAAGGUUUUUCCCCAAAAGCCUCCUUGACUCCCUUAAGCCGAAGGCUCUUCGUAAGCAGAUCCAGCAGACCUUUAAGCAGUUUGCUAACCUCAAUGAUGAACAGAGCAUCCACAAGUUCUUUGAGAUACUUUCUCCCAUCUACCGCUUCGACAAGGAGUGCUUCAAAUGCGCUUUAGGGUCUAGCUGGGUAAUAUCAGUAGAGUUAGCUAUCGGACCAGAGGAAGGAAUCAGCUACCUCACAGAUAAGGGCUCAACGCCCACACACUUAGCUAACUUUAAUCAGGUGCAGUCCAUCCAGUACUCUGCUUUGGACGAGAAGGACAGGAAAGGCAUGCUGCAGCUGAACGUGGCCGGAGCUCCUGAGCCCCUCACUGUCACUACAGCAUUGCUGACUACGGCAGAAAACAUGGCCGACUUGAUUGACGGUUACUGUCGGCUCGUCUCCUCAGUUACUCACUCCUUCAUCGUCAGGGUCCACAAAGUGAUUUUUAGAUGCAAGCUUGUCAUCAGCUCAGAACUUGUUGAUUUGUUCUCGGCUCUUUUUCUCAUCCUGAUUUUUCUUUGCUCUGCAGAAACAGACGACUAUGCUGAGAUCAUAGACGAGGAGGACACCUACACCAUGCCUUCGACGCGGGACUAUGAGAUUCAGCGGGAUCGUAUCGAGUUGGGACGCUGCAUAGGCGAGGGUCAGUUCGGAGACGUCCACCAAGGAAUUUACAUCAGCCCGGAGAACCCAGCUCUGUCUGUGGCAGUGAAGACAUGCAAAAACUCAACAUCAGACAGUGUCAGGGAAAAAUUUCUCCAAGAAGCACUGACCAUGCGUCAGUCAUCUAAAGGUAAAUUGCCUAUUAAAUGGAUGGCUCCAGAAUCCAUCAACUUCAGAAGAUUUACUACAGCCAGUGAUGUCUGGAUGUUUGGUGUCUGCAUGUGGGAGAUUCUGAUGUAUGGCAUCAAGCCUUUCCAGGGUGUGAAGAACAACGAUGUCAUAGGCAGGAUAGAGAAUGGCGAGCGACUAGCUAUGCCCCCUCAGUGUCCUCCUACUCUCUACAGCUUGAUGACAAAGUGUUGGUCGUACGAUCCCAGCAAGAGGCCACGCUUUAAUGAACUUAAAACACAGCUGAGCACAAUAUUAGAGGAAGAGAAGGUCCAGCAGAAGGAGAGGAACAGGAUGGAGAUGAGGAGACAGGUCACGGUUUCGUGGGAUUCUGGAGGGUCUGAUGAAGCACCACCAAAACCAAGCAGACCUGGCUAUCCCAGUCCUCGCUCAAGUGAAGGUUUUUACCCCAGUCCCCAGCAUCCUGGACACUAUCAGAUGGCAGGCUAUCCAGGCCCUCACACACUCCCCUCUGUGCCUAGCGCCUUGUACCCACCUCAGGCGGCAAUGCUGGACACCCACCACGCACACACACACCCCCGCCACCAUGUCCACACCCAUUCGCACGCACAGCUCCUUCCCCAGCCUCACGGACAGGACAUGGCGCUGUGGGGCUCUAUGAUGGAGAAACCCGACACGAGAAGUUCGAGAGGUAGUCUGGACAGAGAAGACAGUGGACUCCAGCCACCAACAGGAAACCAGCACAUAUACCAGCCCGUUGGCAAACCAGAGCAUGUGGCCCCACCAAAGAAACCCCCUCGACCUGGGGCCCAGUGCCAAGUAAGCAGCCUGGCCUGUCUAAAUACUGGAGACAGUUACAAUGAUGGAGUCAAGCCCUGGCGGCUGCAGCCUCAGGAGAUAAGCCCGCCUCCCACCGCCAAUCUGGAUCGGUCGAACGACAAAGUGUACGAGAACGUGACGGGAUUGGUCAAAGCUGUGAUCGAGAUGUCAAGCAAGAUCCAGCCGGCUCCACCCGAGGAAUACGUGCCCAUGGUCAAGGAUGUGGGUCUGGCACUGAGGACAUUAUUGGCCACAGUAGAUGAGACUCUACCUCAACUUCCAGCCAGUACACACAGAGAGAUCGAGAUGGCACAGAAGCUGCUGAACUCUGACUUGGCAGAACUGAUUGCAAAGAUGAAGUUAGCCCAACAAUAUGUGAUGACCAGCCUCCAGCAGGACUACAAGAAGCAGAUGUUGACGGCGGCUCAUGCUCUUGCUGUUGAUGCCAAGAACUUGCUGGAUGUUAUCGACCAAUCCCGGCUCAAGAUGAUGGCCCAGUCCCGCCCACACUAGCCCCGUGUAGUCCGAGCUGACCAACAGGAGAGGGUGGCAUCAUCGUGACUUCUAAAGACUCCUGGGUUCCAGACGUCAGUCCUGAUGUGUUGACGGAGGUGGCUGCUUUACAAAUCAACAGCGAGAGCAGUGGCUCUGAUAAUCUGAUAAUGGUCCGUGAUGAAUCGUUAGAAUUUUUUAAUCCCGCUAUAGCCGAGGUAAUUAGUUCAACUGGGAUUAAAAUCUCCACCACUGUGACUUUCUGUAUACGAGAACAGCGCAGAAACACUUCCUGAAUCAGGGACUUGGCAGCUUCGCUCUCUUCAGAGUGGAAUACAGUGACGAGAGGAGGAAGAAAAAAAUCUACUCGUGAUUUUUUUUUUUUUAUUAUUUUAAGCUGCAAAUCUGGAUUUGGGAUGAGCCAGAUUCUGCAGGUUAGAGUUUUAAAUGGAUUCAAAACUUCCGACAGAAACGCUAUCAUGAAAGCUGGUGAGAUCGGGUGGAUUGCAACCCGAUCUGCAACAUAUCUGCAUGAAACUUCACUGUGGGAUCUUAGACUUCGGCCGCCCCCGUUUGCUGACGUUCCAAUUCCUGAAUGGGAGCUCCUUUCUCCAAUCAAAUAUCUCUACAUCGCCAUACACAUCACAUGUUUGUUAUGUUUUGUUUUUUGGGCUUUUUGGUUUCCUCCAUCUCACCGUGUUUUAUUUAUAGACUCAAAUUGCAGAGGAGGAGACAGAGGCAGGAACGUAAAAAAGCAGAAUAGGCCUUGAGGACAGUCUAGUACCACUCUACUGCCUGAGGAAAGAAAACACUCUCCUCCCCUCUUCUCUCUAUUUCACUCCCUUUUCCUUUCUUUCACCCAUUCUGCUCCCCUACUCCCACAGUCUUCCUCAGCUCCUCUCUGAGCCACUUUUAAAGACUCCAAAUGUGAAGAGUCCAGCUCUGUGCGGGUAAUCACCGCAGACAGAAACCUCCCCUACUCGCACUCAGUUCAGUCUACUCUUUUUAUCGAUCAGCUCCAUGUUUUUUGUGUUGUUUUGAGGAAUCUUCGUCCUCUAUACUGAAAAAUGUUGAACUUUUAACCCCAGCAAUUGACUGCUGUGUAAAAAAAAAAAAAAUUGGAAAAAAUGUGUUCAGCGUGAGUGGCAGGAUGCUUCCGAUUGGUUCACGAGGAAGAAGACAGUGACACGUCUUAGAGUGGUCACUAAUUUUGUGAGUUUCGUGUCUCCUUUUUCUUUUUUUGUCUCCUCACAUAUAGUCCCAAUAUGAAUCGUACGUUCACAAUAUAAGCUUACAUUAACUGUCCGAUCACCCACUAGUGACACUUGAAGUAUUUUUCCAGGGGACAUGAACAAACCUCAUAUCACAUUUAUGACUCCAACUCUCUUGUCAGGUGUAACACUUUAAAAAUUCCCCCCCUCCCCGACUUAAUAAUAGUCCCCAUGGAACCAAACACAUGAAAUGUGGAGCCACAUGACUGGAACUUGUUUCUCAGACACAAAACACUGAACUGAAAAUCACAUUCGUCUUUGUUAAUACUGACCCCAUGUGGAGUGUCACAUACUGCUAUAUGAAAUAUACUGGUGACUGUACUGGUAUAGCAUGAUAUACUGGUAUAAAGAAGAGCAUAUUUGCACAGCACCAAAAUAACACAUCCUAAGUUGUUUCCUUUUUUGUUUCUUGUUUGUUUGUUUUUUAUUAUUAUUAUUGUUGUUAUUUUUUAAACCCGUUUUAUCCUGAUGUGAUUUCCAUGUUUAGCCAGCAACAAAACUAUCAGAUCGAUCAAUCUGGGUGUUUUAGGGAUAAAAUAAAUGUAAAACAGAGGAGAAAAACCCCCCAAACGAAACAAUCUAUUUUAUUUCCUUGUUGUUGCGUAAAUCUGCUCAUGUUGGUAUAUUGUAAGCUAUACUGGUGUGUAUCACUGGUGAAUUGUACAGAACUCGUACUAGUAAACACUGGUAUUUAUUUUGUCUUCUGGGCUAAUUAAGCCAUCUUGUCAAAUAGGAGGAAACAAAAAAAACAAUGGAAUAAAAAUAAUUAUGAAAUGAAA